CAGCGUUCAAAGCGCUGUCGAAAAAACACCACCCAGACCUAGGCGGCGACAAAAAGAUGAUGUCGAAAGUAAACGCUGCCAUGGACUCACUUAAAAAGGUAUGAUUUAGCUAGAACCUCACAUUUAGUUGUGUUCGUGCUCUAUGGUUGUUCUAUCGUUCGUUAUUUCGAGUUGUAAACUACCAUACGAACAAUAGACUCUAUAAUCUUCCUGUAUUGUAUAAGUAGGUAUGCUGGAAUAUUGAAAGAACGUAAACGUUCUCGUAGAUCGUUGUAACAUGAAAAAGUUAGUUUGAAGUUAUAAGGUGUGGCUCUAUUUCGACUACAAAAUUCAGGGUCACCAUGGGAGCAGUGACGCCACAUGGUCAGACUUUGCCGAGACAAUAGGGAGCAAGUGGGUUAAUUUUUUUGAAAGGUAUCGGGAGAAUAACCAUCCAGAUGACCCUAGUAGUGCCUCUUCAUCUGGGAAAACGAAGUCGUCCACCUUUAGCAGUGAUUCAAGAAAAAAGCAAUCGUCCACCACGAACGGUCGAGCAGGUACGUACAACCAGAAAGCCGCGUCUGGACGGCGUCAGGGUGGAGGUUAUCAACAGUAUAGAUAGCAAGUAGACCAUAACCACUUUAUCUACGGAGACAGACAGACCGAAGAUGACAAACAUAACCACUUAAUCUAUGGAGCCCAAAAAAUGUUGAAAUCCCCGACUCGGGAGUACUUUUUCAACUAGGUACCAAGUAGAAGUACGUAGUACACCCUCACCCUGCCAGAGUCAGACCACACCCUCCCCCUACCUAGGAGUCCGACACUUAGCACCCAGCAAUCAGCAUAGAUUUCAAGCUGUUGUAAAUUUUUUGGAAUUUGAUCCCAUUUGCCCGUUCCAAGAAUCCCGGACCCGUAGAAAGAGCCAAAAAUUUUCCUACCCUUUACCGGUUCAUUCUAAGAACAUCCCACGACUAUAGCUACUUACACAGAAGAUCACUUUACUGAAUAGUUAAGUGCUACACAGGAGUACAACCGACUAAAUAGAUCUAAGAUUAACGACUUUGUAAGUGAAGGUCAUGUAUUAAGAUCGUCCCCAUCGAUCGUCUUCCUUAUAAGCCGGGAAACGUCAUGAUACUCUCGCAUAUCAUGAGGAAGUGACGUCCAAAGAAAGUGAGCUUGCUUUGAAAAAGCUGGAGACACGUACACACAUUUACUAGGCUAGAUGUUUCUAGCAUGACUUCUGCAGCAGUAGAAGUUUCAAGCGCAGGCGCAGCAGGUAUCUAUCUAGUGCUGCGCGCAGCUUCGUCUGUGUUCUACGUGCGACCGGUCAGCAAACUUCCGUCAGCAUAGUCGAGUGUGGCUUUUAUUUGGUAGCCGUAGAAAAUUUUAGAAGUCAAAAUAUGUUAGGUUCGAGAGCUGUGUUGGGUGCAGCUAGGUUUUGUAAUGACACAUUGAAUUUGAAAGGUUGGUCUUAGCUAGGAGCAUAUAGAGGAAAAGAACGGCGCUUUUUCAACUGCCUCUUAUCGUAACUAACUACUAAGGUAAUCAAAAUGAACAAAAAACUUGAUCGGUCCAGCGUGAUCAUGAGAGCACAACAAAAGCAUUCUUCUUGCAAAUGAGCUCGAGUUUGGAUUUAGAAAAGUUUGCUUUGGUGCUUUCGAAGGACGGCGCGAAAAGCAAAUAGAAAAUGGCUGUGUUUGAUGUGAAGAUACCUCUUAUUGGCGAUACAGA